UGAACGAAGCUCGACUGCAUGUGCCGCGAGCAACCAGUUAGUGACAAGCAAUUUUUUUUAACAAUCUUUUUGGAUUAACUGUUUUUUAUCAAUAAAAAAUAAUCGUGUGAGAUUAAAAUACAAAUAUUUAGGAAAGGAUCCAUGGCUCCAGAGUAAGAGAUUUCUGCCCUCAGCUCUCAACAGCUGACUUAAUACACGAGGGCCACGCAAGCCUUCCUCUUUCAAGGUCGGGUCAAAAAUUUUUAAAAACUUUGUCCUGGAUCACUCGAGGAUUUAUCAUUUCUGUGCGGGGAUCGUCCAGUUUUUUAAGGACGAAUCAUGGCACCAUUAUUAUGGACGUGGUUAUUUUUCAUAAUGACCACAGCUUAUGGAUCAGAGCCAUUUGUUGUCGGAGGUCAAGCAGAUAAUACGAGAGUUGAACAAGCUUCAGAAGAAUCAUCAGCAAUUUUCUCCAGGCGAGCCGAUUUUGACGACCUAGACCUCGACCUGGACCUCACUGCCGAAGAAAGUGCAAAUGUACCGCAUACGGAUGAUCAACCUGAAGCUCGGUACAGAAAUCCUUUCCCCUAUGCUUUUAAUGGGGGUAAACCUUUCUCCUUGUUGAAAGAUCCGAUUACAGGACAGAUUGACUUUGAAAAAGCACCGCCUUUAAAGGCCGUCAAUUUCACAGAUCAAUAUGAAGAUAUUGACGACACUAAUGAUGAGGAAGCUGGGAAGCAUGUCGAAGCUUAUUUAAAUUCAAAGACGAUAAAAGGAAAGAAUGGAAUUGCAAUCGGACCUAAUGAAAUUAAUCCCUUUUCUCCAAGUUUUCAUGAUUUUUUAAACCUGCCGGUUCAAUAUUCGUCUGAUAAAUACGGAAGGGACAAAUAUCCUUUGAUUUCCAGUUCCUAUGCGAACACGAAAGUUCAGAGUGGAUCGAAUCUUUAUAGUACGUACAAUCACAGACCGUAUCAUGAAUCUACAACUAGGGGUCCAGUUGUUAAUAUCGUUACUCGAAGGGCUUAUACCACCCAAUCGACGACUACGACAACUGAACCGACAACAACUAGUACAACUACCACGACGACGACGACAACAACUACAACAGAAAGACCUAAGACAACAACAACUGAGAAAGUUACUACAACUACCAAAGGCACUACUUCCCCUGAACCUCCGGUCACCACUUGGAAACCUUUCACGAAACCCACGAGUCGGUACGAAGAAUACGAUGACAUUCUUCCUAUCGAGAAACUUCAAACUCCGAAAUAUGAUAAUCGACGUGGACCCAAUGAUGUAUCUUCACAUUCCACAAAACCACCGGCAAUUGUCGACGAAUACGUUUAUGAAGAUUACGAAGACGAAAUUCAUGAGGAUCAAAGAUACUCGAUAGUCACUUCCUCUCCGAAGGAGGAAGCCACAUCACCAGUUUCAACAACCGUUAGAAGCGAAUAUCGCCCUAGUUCUUUUACUCCUUCUACAACGGAACAAACUACACCAAUUCCUGAAAUUACUACCGAAAUUACAAAAGUUAAGGAAAAACCCCAACACCUAGUAACGUCAAUGCCCCUAGACAACGAAAGCAUGAAAGAUUCUCCAUACGAAAAUAUUGUUGAGGGCCACAGACCAGAUUUCACCAAUACAGUAAUUUCCGGACCGGGACAUGUCCAUUUUCCAAAUAGUCAUUCGGGAAGACCGAUUUCAAUGUUACCGGAAAGUACCAGUAAUAUUGUUAUUCCUCCCGAUCAAGAUACUGUAUCUUUCGUUCUCGGCAAUAGACAGAACGUAGAUGGCAGUUAUUACAGUCAUGGUUCUGCCGGCGAAAAUACUUACAGUGGAGUUAUUGGCGAAGGUUCCUUCCGUCCCCUAAUUUCAUCAGGUCAACAUUCCCACGGAGGUUCUCCAGUCACAAUCGGUCAUCCGUCCAUAUCUGUUGUAGAUCACGCUUCUCCAAGUCUAGAAUCUGAUCAACAACAAUGGUACAAACCUAGACCGAAUUUCGAACCUAGACCACCAAUUUCAGGUUCUAUUUUCAAUUUCCCAAUGAGCAGUUCUUUAAAUUCUAAUUCACAAUUAAGUGAUCCGAUGUCUAAUGGACCAUUGUCGAACACACCAGGCUCUUUGUCUCAUUCUUCAGUACCGGGUCCGUUAAUUCCAAACGGUCCAUUAUCUUAUUCACCGUCGUCAAAUGGUCCUCAUUUAAUUCCAAAUGCACCAAUAACCAGUUCCUUGAUUCCAAAUUCUCCGGUUUCGUUUCCAAAUUCUCCAACUGUUAAUUCUAGUCAUGCGGGUUCGGCAAUUACGAACGAAGUGGAUUCCAAACCAAGACCAGGAAUUUUGAUGAAUGAAGGAGUGGUUCAACAGCAUUUCGUAACUGAUGAUAAGGAGGUGGAUUACAAGAAAGGGUAUAUUGUAUUCCCGGGACCGAGUAGAAAUCAAGAGGUACAAAGACCUGUCGAGGAACAUGUGGUAAUAAUUAAUGAAGCUGACGGCACUGUUCAAGAAUUUACGACUACUUCGACAACAAUGGUUCCACUAGAUUCGGCAACAAAAAAUGAAAAUGGACCACCAUUGCCCUCGGAGGAUUUAACACCACCUAUGGAGAGACCUAGACCACAACCACAAAAUCAACGACCUCCUUAUUAUUUCCAUUAUCAACAACUCCCAACAACAAGACCCGAAUUUUCAAGACCAUCCAGAUUACCCAUUCGACAGAAACCACCAAUGGACCAAUUUAAAAGAAGACCAGUCACUCCUGAUACGAAACUUCCUAAUAUUUUGCCUCAAUUUCGACCAAAUGCAAAAACAUCUCAUGGACAUAGGGGUUCGGAAACGAUAGGAACACUUCCGGCACAGGUUUAUCAUAAUCGACCUAGACCUCCAGCUUCCUAUUCUAGGAGGCCAUCACCUCCACCAUCUUUUUUGCAGAGGUUGAGUCCUCCUCCCCCUUCACAUCCGGUUCAUCAUACUCAUAGAAUUAAUCAAUCGAAAGGAGAUGCUGCUAUCCAGAGUUCUGAUCUAGUGGUCAAGAGAAUACAUCAAACUCAAGGAAAUUCUCAAGGAAAUCCUCAAGGAAAUCUUCAAGGAAAUGUUCAAGGAAAUCUUCAAGGAAAUCUACCAAUUAGGGAAAUUGAUAGAAAAACAAAUCAAUUUCCAGUCGCAUUAGGUCAGAAACAAAAUGCCCGUCAGGAAGAUGAUUCGAGUGAUCGAUAUCCGUCGGAACCACCACAAAUACCACCAAGACCGGUACUUUUCCCAAGACACAGAACCGAUGACAAUGUUCCCAGAGUCGCAACACUGCAAAUGAUCCAACAACGUGGGAAUAUCGACGAAAAUGUUAGAUCGAAUCUUCCUCCUCCUUUAAGGGGCAACAGCAGCGAAGACGAUGCGAAUCGAAGAAAUGACGAUUUCCGCGAUUCGGAGCAAUCUAAUGUUGAACCUCCGGUCUAUGUUGUUUAUCCAGUAAAUACGGCAGUGAAUAUUCGUCAGGACGAUUCUAGAGAGAAAGAUGAAAGUGUCGUGGUCGGUACUCACGGUCCACAACGACCAUUACCACCGGAUACACUUCUUCAGGACAAGGAUGUCGAUCAGAAUUCUGAAAGCCUUCCCGCGAAGCAUUAUUCGAAUCCAACGCCUAUUUUCGCUUCUGAUUUUCCUUAUCCAUUAGAAAGACCAGAUCCGGCAGUUCUGUCUGGACCGGUUCACGAGACACCACUUUUGGUUCCAAGCGAUCAGUUAAAUGAAGAAGAUGAGAAUAUUGAAGAUAGGGACACAAGUGUGAAUAUUAUUCCCUAUCUGCAGGAUUACGUACCAUUCGCAGCGAAAAAGAGUAACGCAAUAUCAACAACACUUCAACGUCUCCCAAUUUUAAAUUCGAACCAACAAUCAUCAACUCCAAUCGCCUAUGUUUUCACACCAACCGCACAGCCUUUAAUUCAUCGCUCCGACAUUGGACCCAUUGAUGAACUUCCAAAAUUCGAUCGCGGUGGUGAGAAACCAAUUCUUCUUCCCUCUCAACAAGCGUCGAGUUCCUCGAGUUCGGCACCAUCGCCACAAAGUUUCAUGGCACCAUUCAUAGCCAGUGCAAAUGCCGAAGCACCAGCGAAAAAUGGUUGGAACGUCGUUGUAGUGGAAUCGAACGAUCGCAGUUCAACGGUUGAUGAUAAUAACAAAGACACUCUAACCGCCGAAGACACACAAACCGAACGAAGUGAAUUCGAUCCUGAUAAUUUCAAACCACAACUUUUUGGUGGUUUUAAGCCAAUCUACGAAUUCCCCACCGAAGAUGAAGAACGACAAGUAUCACGUGAUCGGGAAAUAAAAGACAUGCCGAGAAGUUUGUCUUAGAUUAAAAAAAAACCGAAUAUAGUUUAAAAUUUAAAUCGAAUAGUGAAAAUCAGACAUGAAAAAUGUCCACAAUUCUUAGUCUCUUCUAUGACGUUCGUUGUUGGACGUAAUAAGACUUUAUUUCUAAUCGAAAGAGUUGGCACGUCAUAAAGAAUUUUUCCAAUACGCUUUUUUGUUGGAACUGAUCACGAAUCGAUCUGAUAAUUUUACUCUUAGAUACUCUAGGAACUUUAGGAUUUAAGUAUUUUUAUUUAUUUAUUUAUUUUUUUGACAAUGCGACAGUGACAGAAUAUCUGCCAUUUAUUUCUGUACAGUGUUUUACACUAUAUUUUUAAUUUUCGAUUUGCAAUUAUUAUUAUUAUUUAUAUUUAUUUAUUUCCCUUUAUUAUUUAUAUAUAGGAAAAUAUUUAUAAGCGGAUCGGAAAACAGACUGAAACGAUCUCGUGAAAGAAUUUCAAACUACACGCUGACUAUAAUUAUAUUAUAUUACUUAAAAGUUUAAAACUUUCGAGAUCCGUUAUAGAUUUUAAGAAAAUGAUAAAAUAUUAUUAAGUGUAAAAUAUUAUAGAAAAUAUAUUUUCCAAAUUGAA